AUGAGUCUGGAAGCAACCGUCUACAUUCUGCGCAAGCAGUUCAAUAUCGACAAUCCAGAGGACAUGAGCGGAACAUGCCUCACACAACGGUUUCGCACAAGAAGGAACGUCAAAAACAAUAGCGUCGAUAUUGUGAAGGAGAGUCUCAUGGAGGUUGUGGAUGAGAACUUCGACGGCUUCUGGACCGAUGCGAGUUUGAGGACUCGCGCUCCUAGCAAGGACGUUGAGACAUCGCUUGAAGGACUAUUACAGGAGAUUGAGAUGGAAGAUGCGCAACUUGGGGGAGAGGAUGGGGGGUUGCCGGGUGGCUACACGGUGGCAUCGGCAAGUACAAGAACGAGCAGGGACAAAUCUGGCGGAAAAAAGAGCGAUGUCCGGGAGUUAACGGCGACUUUGGCGCAGAUAACCCGGCCAGAUAUGAUGGAGCAGCUUCCCACGAUGGAGCGCAUUCUGCGUUCCAAGCAGGACGCGCUUUCGUAUUACAUGGAUGAAGUCUCCAUUGUCAUGUUCAAAAUGACAGUAGAGGCGGUUGUUAGACUUGUCACAUUCAACAUCCGGGAUCCGUACUUUGUCGACCAAGCUGUGGUAGAGGCUGGGGUGAUAACGGAGGGAAUCCUUAGAGAGGUUGCACUUGGCCAACAGAGCAAGGAGCGGCAAGUGGACAGGAUCGGUCUGUUGAACCAGGAUUUUAUCGAAUACGUUGCGGCUUGCCUAUAUGGUAGGGGCUCCAGGAACAUGUCUGUGGGAUCUUCAUCCAGGGUAAAAGAGAUAGGAGCGGGGUCCAAAGCGGGAGAGACGGGAUCAGUGCAUCCAUCAUGGGACAAGUGCGUCGCAGCGAUGCUACCUUCGGUCAAGAACACCAUCGGCGGCAGCUCUUCAGCUUCUCCCAACAUCAACCCUGAAGUCCGAACACCAGAGGGUAUAUUUCUAACAGCAAAUACUCUGUACAGGGAAUACGCCACGAACGUUACUCAGCUGUGGACAGGAUCUUUGUACAAGGAUCUCAGAGAUCGCGUAAUCCAGUAUCUGUUGAGACUCUGGCUUCGACCGCAGAAAGAGCAACAGUACAGGGAUGUCAAGAUUGAGCAGGCCAAGGAGAAGGCUUCUGCCGUUGCUGAGGCCAAAGACCUGUUUGACCAGCUGAAUGAUUCAAUCGAGAGAUUGCAGGCAGAGACUUGUGGUGAGAGUAGGAUCGUGGCCCUGCUGGGCCUUAUUGACCUGCAUGAUCAAAAUCGACCUCACAACAACACCGAGUCAGGAAAGAGCCCCAGGAUAAAACAAUUUCAAGACGACGAAGAUGACGAUGACUGUGAUGCCACAAAUCCAUCAAGAGCAACAGCACUCGACUUGGAUACCGCUUCCACUCCCUUGUACAUCGACGGACCUGCCUCGAGUCACUUGAUUCCGCUUCAAGUCGUGACGAGGAUACUCCUGGAAGACCCUUACAUCACCGGCGAGGUGAUGACCGAUAUGGUCGCCGAUAUACUCCAUGACCCCGAGAAAUUUACUGGAGAAGAACUGGAUGCCGUCGUACACAUCGUGAACCAAUUGCGACCUUAUACACCCAAGAAAUGCAAGAUCGGUAACAAGGACCUCUUCCCCAAGCACAUCCUGACUGUCGGGCCCUUAGCGUUCAUUUGCAACUCGUUCUUACGCGCCGCUGGAUAUCAAGAAUUUACCAGAAACUCUGCUCCACCUAUUCGACAGGCAGCCUACACGCCUUACCGCUGA